AUGAGUGACAUUGUUGCUACAACUGCAAAGAUCAAAGAAGGCGGAGGGCUUUCAUCGAUUAAAUGUCCGAUGCUGAGUACAACUAAUUAUACAGUGUGGGCAAUGAGAAUGAAGAUUACUUUGAGGGUUCACAAAGUUUGGGAAGCCAUUGAAGCAGAACAGGCUAACACCGAGAAGAACGAUGUAACGCUAGCCCUAUUAUUCCAGUCAAUACCGGAAAAUCUUAUUCUCCAAGUAGGAGAACUCGAGAAUGCUAAACAAGUAUGGGAAGCAAUAAAAACUCGACAUGUCGGGGCAGAACGAGUACGUGAGGCUAGGUUACAUACUCUAAUGGCCGAAUUCGAACGCUUGAAGAUGAAAGAGUCUGAGAGCAUCGAUGACUUUGGUGGGAAGCUAUCCGAAUUAGCCUCGAAAUCAGCUUCUCUUGGUGUCACCAUUGAAGAAACGAAACUUGUUAAGAAAUUUCUUAUGAGCCUUCCUCGAAAGAUGUACAUACAUAUUGUUGCAUCUCUCGAGCAAGUGCUCGACCUAAAUACAACGGGUUAUGAGGACAUAUUAGGGCGUUUAAAAGCUUAUGAAGAAAGGAUUUGCGAAGAAGAAGAGAAAGAAGAGGAUCAGGGAAAGCUUAUGUACUCAAAUACAGAAGGACAGAGCCGGGCUCAACAAGAUCAAUCUAAUCGACAAUAUGAACAAACAAACCGAGAUUAUAACAAUGAUUGGUAUCGAGGCAGAGGCCGUGGAGGUCGAUAUAGCAGAGGAAGAGGACGAGGACGGUAUAACGGUGGAAGAGGAGACUACAAUUACGGAGGAAGAGGAGAUUACAGUAGCGGUGGAAGAGGAGACUACAAUAGGGAUCCAUACGCAGGCAGAGAUGCAUCUCACAUCACUUGCUAUCGCUGUGACAAAGUAGGUCACUUUGUAGCUCAUUGUCCAGACCUGAAGCUAAAACUACAAGAAACUCAAGAAAACGACGUCACUGAAACACAAGAAGCUGACGAGCUUAUGAUGCACGAGAUUGUUUUUCUAAACGAGAAGAAUGUAGUUCCUGAGAGGUAUGAAACAAACAGUGGAGAUGAUAAUAUAUGGUACCUCGACAACGGAGCCAGUAACCAUAUGACCGGAGAACAAAGGUAUUUUUCGAAACUUGACACCACGAUCACCGGUAAGGUUCGCUUCGGAGAUGAUUCCAGAAUAGACAUUAAAGGGAAAGGUACAAUCUCUUUCACCGACAUGAAUGGAGAUUCUCGAAAGAUGACUGAUGUCUACUUCAUUCCUGAUCUCAAAAGCAAUAUCAUUAGUUUGGGACAAGCCACUGAGGCAGGAUGUGAUGUAAGAAUGAAAGGAGAGACACUCACGAUGCAUGAUCAAAGUGGUAGCUACUAG